CGAAGUCACGGUAUAUAAACAAGCCGGAUUGUAUGAGAAAAGUCAGUCGUUUCAUCAAUCCAAGACGAAGAGUAGUUAUUGAGAGUUCUGCCGACAUAAAGUGUUUCACCUGUUGCCUUACACUCACGUCAUCAUGAAACUGUGUUACGUAAUAUUCAUACAUUUUGGUUUGAUGUGUGCCUGUACGCAAAUUAAGGCAUUUCCCAACUUUGCCAGUUUAUUUAUGAACACGGGUAAAGAAACAUCGGGGAGUGGCCAGGAUGAGGAAGUUUUACCACCACAUGCAUUCACAGAAGAAGAGGCAUUGCGAGCCCUACAUCUUGCACCUUGUUCAUCUGGCGAAGGAUUAGCAUGUGAAGGAACCGAUGAGUGUUUUUCUAGUCUAGCAGAGGUAUGUCAUGGGGAUAUGGUCUGCGGUAUGGACGUAUUCUGUGACUCACAAGACGACCCUAUUAGCUGUCGUGAAGAUUAUAUCAAUACUGGCUGUCAGCAUGACAAAGCUGUUCAAUGGUUAACUACGAAUGGUGUUCCAAACUUCGGUAUCAGCACUCACUACGAUCUACAAAUAUUUUUUGAUUUGUGGUUAUUCGAAGACACAAAGUUUUGUACUGAUGGUAGAAUCAAAUGUCAUGACGAAUGUUUGUUGUACGACGAACUAUGUGAUUCAUCUAAAACACAUUGUAAAUGUAAUGGAAAAAAUAUCUCAAGAAUUAUUUCAGAAUAUCGAAUGAUGUACGUGUUCUUGAGAUUUCGAGGCGGAAAUGCGGGAAAUGCUUUCAAGAAAAGCUCACCAUAUUCGCGUCACUGAUAUGAAUUAGUUUUUCUAUAUCCAUGAUGUCGGUGGUGUUGGUGGGGCUUCAUACAUUAUAUUCCACAUUAGUGAUGAGGCAAUAUGGGCACAUGACUGAUAUACCAUUUUAGUAGGCACAUAAGACAGCCACAAUGACGCUACCCACACGGGAUGUAUUAUUACGCUAUUCGUUAAUGAGGACAAUGUUUAAUCCCAGUAGUUAAUGUGUAUUUUUUUGAUCAUUUUGAAUAUAUUGGAUAUAAUAUAUAUUUUCAUUAAAGAGUAAUAUUAUUACUUGUUAAUGAAGGAAGCUAUUUAAAAGUUAUUGUAUAUGCUGUAUAUGUUGGGCUUUUUGUUAGCCAAAAUAAAUAAGACAAACAUUUUAA